GUGUUGGUUGUACUUGUUCGGGUUCUUGCUGCGUAGCUUCAUUUGCAUUCAUCAAACCAAAAGCGACUGAUGGGGAUCCCUCAACCAUCGUUGCCCAGUUGCUACCACAAUAUGCACACGAUAUUUUUGGUUUCUCGUCGUUAAUGGAAGCGGGUCCAGGUUCCCUUUUCACUGUUUUAGCUCACUCUCCCAUCGAGACGUAGCUCUUUCACAAUCUCUGAGAAAUCCAUGGCGUUUUGGGCGCCAAUUGCUUCGAUAAAUGACUGCUCUGCUUCCGGCUUCUCUCUGUUUUCAAGGUCUUCUAGAUAACUCGGUUUCUCGUCGAAGAAGCACACGUGGUUGAGGUACCACAUGGGAUUGGAACCAAUUCGUACACCGAGGAGAACCGAAAAAUUCACGCAACAACUAUUAGAAGAGGAAGGAGGAGGAGGAGAAUGGCAUCGCAAUUGCUUCUCAUAGAACAGUCAUUUAACAGCCGCUACUCGGUCGAUGUUCGCGAAGCCCUCGACGAAUUCUCUGAGAGUUUCACAAUCACCGACCCCAGCAUCUCGGGCCAUCCCAUCGUAUUCGCGAGCCGCGGGUUCCUGAAAAUGUCCGGUUACUCGAAAGACGAGGUGAUCGGCCAGAACGGCAGGGCAUUCCAGGGUCCCAGGACUAACCGAAGGUCGGUUAUGGAAAUCCGCGAGGCGAUUCGGGAGGAGAGGCCGAUACAGGUCAAUCUGUUGAACUAUCGGAAGGAUGGGACACCCUUUUGGAUGUUAUUUCAUAUGAGCCCAGUUUUUUGCAAAAAGGAUGGGAGGGUGACUCAUUUCGUGGGAGUUCAGGUUCCAAUUUCUCGAAAGCCGCGGCGGUCGGUGAGUGGGAUUGAGAGAAGUAGUGUGGAUUUGAGUGAAGAUGGGUCUAGGCUGCGCGGUGAUAUUUUAUUUGGGUCGUGUAGGAGGGAAGUCUGCUCUGAUACUUUGGUGGAGUUGGGUCGUGUUUUGGCUAUAGAGUCGGUCUUGGAUUCGGAUAGUAGAGGAUUAGAUAUUGAAGAGUCAUGUGAAGCAAGUGAUGUGGACAAGCGAAGAGCUGCAACUGCCAUUAACAACAUCUUGUCUGUGCUAACCCUUCAUAGCGAGUUAACAGGCAGAUUGGUGUGUGAAAAGAGAUGUAGCUUACCCGAGCAGAGCCUUCUCAGUUCAUCCUUAAAUAUUUCUCUUGGUAGAAUCAAACAAAGCUUUGUAUUAACUGACCCACACUUAGCUGACAUGCCUAUAGUUUACGCAAGUGAUGCCUUCUUAAGAUUGACAGGUUAUGCUAGACAUGAAGUAUUGGGAUUCAAUUGUCGAUUUUUGAGUGGGGUGGAUACAGAUUCCCUAACUUUAAAUCGGAUAAAGGAAAGCAUUCGAAAUGAGCAGGCGUGCACAGUACGUAUCUUAAAUUACAGGAAGGAUAAGAGUUCAUUUUGGAAUUUUCUUCACAUAUCACCUGUUCGUAACGCUUCUGGAAAGAUAGCAUACUUUGUGGGUGUUCAGAUGGAAGAAGGCUGCAAGAACCAGGACGGACAUGGUCUGAGCCCUGAGAAGAGGCAACUCAGUGCUGUUGGGGCAGUCAGGGUUGCAGUAAGGAGUUUAUCAAUGGGUGCUGACCCCUCGAAGUCAUAGGUCUCAUCUCUGCAUUCUUUGUCUGGUGAUAUUGUUGAUGUGUUGAAUAGUGUCACAGGAGAGUUGAAAAGGGAAUAAAGUAGUGAAAUGGUUUGUCACGAGUGUGUCCUUGUUGUAUUCGUAAUGUUUGUAUAUAUAAGGUUUCAAUAUAAGGUUGAAUUGAAACUGCGCUUCAUUUGUUUUAGUUUUAGUUAAUGGGAGUGAUUAGAAUUAAAGGUUUUUUAAGUGUGUGGAUUUCAUAUUAAUUGGCUAAGGAUUGAAUGACACUAUUAUGAGUAAAAGGAAAAACAUAUUUGAUC